CGCGACACCAGCUUCUGACAGAACACAACCUCAGGUUCCCGCUUCCACGGCGUGCGCGUCGUCGCAACAGUUUCAAGAUGUCGACGCAACAGCAAGCCAUGAUUAUGGAAACCAUCCUUGGGCUCAAGAGGGCCUCGAAGCGCAAGGCCUACGAGUCCGACUCCGACUCAUCAAUCGACCAAACCACGAACCGCGGCAACAAGCUAAAGAAGCGAGCGAGGUUUGUCCGCCAGGGCCGACUGGCGUCCUCCAUGGGCCCGGCGGCAUACAAGGAGGUUACGGAACAUGCCGGCUACCAACGAGCGAUCAUAAACCGCAACCCGCCGCUGAUUGACGAAGAUGGCUACGACAUUACAAGCGACGACGACGAGGAGCAGAUACAGGAGGCGGUCGCCUCGGCGAUGGAGGAGAACCCGUAUUCGUCGAUCCGGUUGGAACAAAUCCUGGCUCCGUUGACCUCCGUCAUCGAUUUACCAUCACACCCCACGCUUUCGCGACCGUUUACCUCGAAGGCGCUGACAGAGUUGAUUGAACAAGGGCUGGCAUUGAUGCAAAAGGAAAAUGCGGCGCUAUGGAAAGCUAAGCCCCUGCUCACCAAGCUGGUUGGUGAUAAUACAUGGGCACCUUGCGGCCUCAUGACCGCACCCGACGGCAGUGACGCGUUGUUAUUCACCGACACUGUGAGCUUCUUCAACCGGCCAGCGCGCCACGACCCAGCGCAAAUGACCGCGCCUCCUGGCAUCAGUGGGGCUCCCGAGCCUUUUGGAAACACUUCUACAGGGUUGGCGCAACGAAGAGUAGGCCAGGAUGCGCUCGAAAUUGAGGCAGCAGUACGGCCUGUGGGGAACACGGAGCAGAAUGUAGAGUCAGGCGAGAAAGCGCUCGAUGGAGAAACAUUACCAGAUGCGCCGAGGAGCGUCAACGGCGAAGCCCACCCUUCAAAGGGAUCCAGUGCGCCAGGAAACCCCGUGAAGGAACCACAAGUCAACGGCAGACUCGAUCACGGCGACGAGAACAAGGACGGACCUAUCCGAGUUGAUGGCGAGGGGCUGAACAAACGAAAUAACGCUGAGAGUGAGGAUACGGAGAUGGCAGUAGCUGCCAGCGUCGGCCCUACCACAACAGCGCAGCGGAACACGACAUUACCAACAGCACACCCCAUGAUCCCACCCCCCGACAUACAGGUACAAUCUGACGCCACAGAAACCCCCGAAGAGCUGUUCAUUCAUCCGCUCUUUCGCCUCCCACCAGCGGCGCACCCUGACCGGGACCUGGGCCUCCCCGAACAAGAGGCCGAAGAGGUGCGGCGGCUGCUGCUGCUGUACGUGCAGAAGCAGGAGGAGAUCUGCCGAGGGACGAAGCGGUUAUAUGAGGGGCUACUCAAGGCGGAUCGGUACCGCAAGACGGUGUGGAGGUGGGCCAAGGCUGAGGCACACUGCGGGCCAAACCGCGACAUGUCGGACGGGGAAGACUGGUAUGACAAGGAGGAAUGGGGGUUGACGGAGGACCUGAAAAAGGGGGAGGACGAGGUGGAGGAGGACGCGGCGCAGCCGCAGAAGAAGACAAGGAACCGGAAGUGAUCGGAGUAAAACGGGAUUCGGGGGUAGGCGCUCGGAGCUACGAGACGAUGGUUGUGGUUGUCAGUCAACAAUACGAAUCUGGUGGGAUUGCGUCUAAUUGGUUCGUUGGAACAUGCUGGUGAUGCACUAGAGCUGAGCCCGGAAACAGAUUAGGGAAUUCUUGAUGCACGAUUAUUCGGUACUCCAAGUCAUCACACACUCACACAGGCC